AUGGAGUCUAAUGAGUUAAUAGUUGGAUGCAAAGUGUUGGUUUCUUCCAUACAAAAUGACACAGUUAUUACCAGAAAAGCAGAGGUAGUCGCCAUUAGAAACACAGGCGGCGCUAUAGAGUAUUAUAUGCACUAUACAGGGUUUAACAAGCGACUAGACCAGUGGGUAUCACAAGAAAAAGUAGAUAUGUCUUCAAUUGAAUUUCCCAAGAAAAAAAAGCAGAAAGAAGAUCCAAAAAACAAAAACAUAUCAGCUGAAGAUAUUUACCGAGUGAAAAAUAUCGAUCAGAUAGAAAUAGGAGAGUAUUCUGUGGAGAGUUGGUACUUCUCUCCAUACCCGAAAACAAUGAAUAAGACAAUAAUAAUAUGUGAGUAUUGCUUAUACUACUUCAAUACAAAGGAAGAGUUGCAGACGCAUUAUUCUACGUGUGUACAUAAAAGGCCUCCAGGAAGACAGAUAUACAGAAAGGGGGGCAUAUCUUUCUUUGAGCUUGAUGGAAUUAUCCAUAAAAACUACUGCAGAAAUCUGUCGCUUCUGUCUAAGCUAUUUUUAGACCACAAAACGCUAUUCUAUGACAUUGAUGUAUUCUUGUUUUAUGCAAUGUGUAUAUAUAAUCCAGAGGACCCAGAAGAAACGAGGGAGUAUAAAGUAGUAGGGUAUUUCUCUAAGGAAAAAGAGUCUCAGCAUGGAUACAACAUAGCGUGUUUGCUUGUCUUGCCACAUUACCAGAGAAAAGGAUACGGUAAGAUUUUAAUUGAUUUUUCGUACCUGCUAAGUAAAAGAGAAAGGGUUUCAGCAUCUCCAGAGAAACCCCUGAGUGAUUUAGGUCUUCUCAGCUAUAGAGAGUACUGGAUUGGGGUGAUAUCCCACAUACUAAUAUACAACAGACUUAUAUCAAUCAACGGAAUAAGAGACAUGAGCAGUAUAACAGUAGAAGAUAUCAUACACACCCUUCAAUAUAAUAACAUGUUAGUAUAUUACAAUGGGGUUCCUGCAAUAGUUCUAAGAGACGACUUGAUUGCAAAAUAUAGUGAACCAAGGGGAGUGCAGCUAGACCCAGACUAUUUGCUGUGGGAAGCACAGUAGGCGCGCACACAAUAAUAGAAUCGUAAAUUAUAUAACCUAAUAAAUCCACA